AUGUAUGCUUCUCAAUUAUUUCUGUUAAAUGUAACAAUGAAAAUGUCAAUUACGAAUUCAUCAAAUUUAUUUAUUUCAUCAUCAAUUAUCUAUUCAAUACUUAUUGCACUUUGUUUGAGUCUUAUUGCAUUGAUCACAGCUCUUGGUAAUAUUGUUGUACUUUUAGCUUUCUAUUGUGACAAUAAAUUACGUACAAUUAAUGAUUAUUUUAUAUUGAAUAUGGCUAUUGCUGAUUUUCUUGUUGGAUUUUUUUGUAUUCCAUUUUAUAUUCCAUUCAGUAUUACACAGUCAUGGCCAUUUGGACAUCUUUUUUGUAAAAUUUGGGUUACCAUUGAUGAUGUAGCUACGAUGGCAAGUGUUAUUAAUAUAGUUGCAAUCAGUAUCAAUCGUUAUUGGUCAAUUGCUUAUCCGAUAUCUUAUAGAAAAUAUGUCAGACAACAUCUUGUUUAUAUAGUAAUGGCAUCAGUUUGGUGUCUUUCAUUUAUAAAUUUUGCUCCUGGUAUAUGGUUAUUAAAUUUAUUUUAUAAAGAAAAUCUUAUAAAAAAUGACACUCGUAAUGAUUGUUCAGGUGAUUAUCAUAAUUCAUUUGUAUAUAUGUUAAUAGCACAAUUUAAUUAUUUUAUUUGGCCAUUUAUUCUUUUAUGUAUACUUAAUCUAUUAAUAAUGAUAAAUAUAUGGAAAAGAACUCGUAAAAUGAGUCGUCUUAUGUCAUGCAAUCAAUCGAUAAAGGGAAAAGAAGAAAAUAUUGUUUCAUCUCCAUUAGGAGGAACAAGUAAAGAUACAGAGGAUGAUCAAAAUUUAUCAAUAUUAUCAAAACAUAAAAUAAAUUUUAUUGAACGUUGCCCAUCGACAAUAAUUGAAGAAAAUCAAAAUAUUAUUGAAAAAAUCACUUCAAAUAAAACUAAUUUAAAGUUCUUUAAUAAACAUAAAAAUGAAUCAUCAAAUAAUUCUCGAAUAUCAUCAUUUAUUCAUAGAAAAUCUCAACACACAAAAAAAACUUCGAAUACAGAGAAAAAAGACAUUGAAAAUAAAACUGUUCAAUCAUUACCGACUGUAAAUUUAUCUCGAAAAAGAGCAAGUGUUAGUCAAUAUGUAUCUCAUAAUUAUCGUAAUGAAUCCAUAACUGAAUAUCAAAUUGAAAUUGAAAACGAUAAUGAUCACGAUAAUCAAUAUGAAAAUGAUUUAACGAAAUCAAAUUUUAAUGAAAUUGCUUCAACAAAUAGAUCAAAAAGUAAAUGUCGAAAACAUCGCCAAAGUCGAUCGAGAAUAAUUCGUGAUCGAAAAGCUGCACGUUCUUUAUUUAUUCUUGUUAUUGUUUUUCUUAUAUUUUUAUUUCCAUAUGUUAUUUGUGCAACAGCAUCAACAGCUGGUGCAAAUGUGUCAACAAUUAUAUUUGAAAUAUCUUUUUGGCUUUUAUGGAUGAAUUCAACAUGUAAUCCAUUUCUUUAUCCAUUUAUACAAAUUAAAUAUAGACGAGCUUAUCUGAAAUUAUUUCAAUCCUGCACAAAAUAUUUUACUUUUUCACGAUCGAAUAGCUAUUUCUAA